AUGGACUUCUAUAUCCUCGGCAUCCCCAUAACAACAAUUUGGUCUCUACAGAUAACUCUUCGACGAAAGACCACCGUUCUUUCCGUUUUAGUCUUUGGCAUUGUGUCACUCACAGUGGCCCUCAUUCGCCUUCCAAUACUUGUAUCUGUCACGUCGAUGGAGUCAGAUGUUUCAAUCGAUGUCAAAAAAAUGGUUAUCGUAGCGGCUUUUGAGGUGCAAUGUGCUAUUGUCGCCGUGAACUUGCCGUCGUUUAAGGCGCUAUGGGUUAAGAUUAAGGAACGACAGAGUACUUCGGACCGUAAUGCUCCGUCUGCUCAACAGCCAUACAAGCUCUUGUCGAUGAAUAAUAAGCAUGGCAGCAGGAAAAACAAUUCUAUGGGUGUGGUUACAUUAUUAGAAAGAGGAAUGACGACUAAUGAGUCCGAGGAAGUGCUUGUUAAUAUGGAAAGAGGCCAGGUAACUGAAAUGAAAGCUUAA